GCCUUCAACUAACGUGUCUUGCUGUGCAGGAACAAAGUUGUGCCAUCUGACGCCGUCUCCUUUCAAGUCUUGUCGUCUCAUAUCUGCAUUUUGCCAGAAUAGUGGUUGAACAGGACACUAACCUUUAACCCAGCGACUACAGCUUUGCUGCUCAGCCAAACAUGCUUUCGUCCAAUGCUUCUGGGAUGUUUUCCUAUUGUCAAACAGGACCAGCGGACCUGGCCGGUUCGUCCUGGGAAACGACAGUUGAAGGAUCACAGAACUUCCCUGAGCUUGCCGACGCCGCGGAUUAUUAUACGGGAGAAGCGGAGGACUUUGCCCUUCCCUUCGGCCAGAACACCCCCAAGCCGGACCACCUGGAUGCCGUGGAUGACUUUCAGGCCAGAUGGGCUCCGGCCGUCCCGGUCGAGAGCAAGGCUCUGAAGGCAGAGCCCAUGCGGAGAGAGAGUUCGCGCAGCUCUAUGGCGAGCCACAAGAACAGGAGCAGCAAGACUUCGACGUCCUCGUCCAAGAAGAGCCGGACAAGGCUGCAGUCGAUCCUGUCUCAGGCGUCUGCACAGAUGUCCAAGCUUGACAUGUCAGGUAAUGCAUCAUCAACCUACGCUCAGGGCCGCGUCAUGGAUGUGCAGCAAUACCUCGCUCAGGACCUGGACACGCUCGCUGUCUCACCCCAGGUGAAUGGCGCUGCCUUCUACCCCGGGCUUGUUGCUUUCCCGGACGGACUGCCCUACUCUGGAGACUUUGGCGCUGCCAUGACCCAGCAUGUGAAUCCUCAGAUCUUCGAUGCCGGCCUCGUCGCCGCUUCGCCUCAUUCUUGGGGCUCGCUGAGCCCCGUGGAUUCUCGCAUGUCUUCUCCCGGCCUGCAGGAUGGAUCAGACGAUGUAUGGUCUGCGGCACCCUCGGCGUCUUCCCCGGGAGAGAGCCAAAACUCGAAUUCGCCCGCUCUGCCAGGCCAGUCACCAGCAAUGAACCGGAAACCGGAUGGAUCACAAUACGUCGUUUCUGAGGACCUGCACGGAAGCCUCGUGCCCACCGCGAGCGAGGACGGUUUGGCUCCGCCACACCCUGCUUUUAGCUCUCGUCGUUCGAGCGGCGAAGGUGAGUCCGCGAGGGACCACUUUCUCUACAAGAAUGCUUUCCCUCAAGCGGACGGCCUGUUCCAUUGCCCAUGGGAGGGCCAGGCGAGCUGCAACCACAAGCCGGAGAAGCUCAAGUGCAACUACGACAAAUUUGUGGACUCGCACCUCAAGCCGUAUCGCUGCAAGGUUGAGGGUUGCCAAAAUGCCCGGUUCUCGUCCACUGCCUGCCUCCUCCGCCACGAGCGGGAGGCUCAUGCCAUGCACGGCCACGGCGAGAAGCCGUAUCUGUGCACGUACGAAGGCUGUGAGCGUUCCAUUGCCGGCCACGGUUUCCCCAGGCAGUGGAACCUGAGAGAUCACAUGAGGCGUGUGCACAACGACAACGGCCCCACUGCCCAGCCGGCUUCUCCUCCCCAACCGGGGGCCACGGCGUCCGCCAGGGGCCGGAAGAGGAAGAGCGAUGUCCAGGAGAAGCAGCCCAGCCAGGAGAAGUCCAACUCUCGGAAGUCGGCCCACAAGGCCGCACCGGAGCCUACCACGACAGCUCCCAAGCAACCCGAGCCCGUCCCCCAACCGGAGAUUGACCAAUGGUACGAGCACCAGAAGGCGCUCCAAACCUUCAUCCAGGGGUUCGCACAGCCCGACGACCCUCAGACCCUCCAGUACAUCAAGGAAGCCCAGGAGCACCUGAAUGCCAUGGGGAAGAUCUCGCACGGACUCACCCAGGAAUCCUACCGCCGGUCUUGGAAAGGUUGAGCGAAUUCAGCUUGAAUCCCUCCUCGGCCUGGACUGGACUUGCUGUGUCCGACGUGAUGGUCUGCGAGUGCAGAACUUUCACGUAGCCCGGAUUUUUCUCAUGCAACUGCAGCCAGGACUCGGGCCAGCCGAUGGCCGUGUUGAGCCCAGCGCCCAGCUGUGGUGCGCCGUAUGUCACCGGGGAUGGUGACAUGGUUUCACCCCCCCUCAUGAAUCCUCGGGAAUGCCAAGAUGGAGUCUUUGCGUGACAGCACUGCCACGUCUGCCGUUCGUGCAGCGGCGCGG